CACCUUAGCGGGACGGCAACAACCUCUUCCGGGUUCACACCAUUCACUCGCUCUACUCGAUUGAAGAUGAAUCUAAUGAAGGCAUAAUUUUUGUCCAUAACCGCGUUUCCCCGCAGAAGGGAUUAACUGUAGGUGAAUUUCUGCAUUGAAAAGCUUUUGUUGAAUAUUGUUUUUUUUUUGUGACGCCGCUGUUGGUUUAGCUCAUAGUACUCCGUGUUAGCUCAACAUGUCUGCGGAGGAAGCGGACAAAACGAUCACCACUGAUGCUAGCGCAGGAGAUGAGGAGGAGGAAUGGCUGUACGGAGAUGAGUCUGAGAGCAAAGAUGAGGACGAAGAAGCCAAACUGAAUGCUGCAGUCAGUGCACCUGCUGAUGCUUCAAUAGAGGAUGCUGCAGCGCAUGCUACAGGGAAUGGAGUGGCCUCUGAGGCCACAGGUGAAGUUGAGGGUGAUGGUGAGGGCGAAGGUGCAGGCGAGGAUGUUGACAGCGACAGUGAUGAUGACGACGACGAUGUCCGCGUUACCAUUGGAGACAUAAAAACUGGAGCGCCACAGUACACAACUUAUGGCGCUCCACCUGUCAAUCUCAACAUAAAGACAACAGGCUCCAGACCGUAUGGACAAGCCUCCAAGAUGAAGGGAGUGGAUCUGGAUGCUCCUGGUAACAUUAACGGGGUUCCAGUGCUGGAGACGGAAGUGGAGUCCUUUGAAGAGAAACCCUGGAGAAAGCCAGGAGCGGAUCUUUCAGACUACUUUAACUACGGCUUCAAUGAAGACACAUGGAAGGCUUAUUGUGAAAAACAGAAGAGACUGCGCAUGGGCCUGGAGGUCUCUACUAUCGGCUCGGUGGCGAGCAAGAUCACUGUUCAGCAAGGCAGGACAGGGAAUGACAAGGACAUGAUGUCCAGUUUGCCUGUUCACACGUCAAAGCCAGACUUCACAUCUCCGAUCAGCCUGUACAAGCCCACUGUCAGUCAGCUCACCAGGAUCUCUCCCCCUCAGUGGCCCGGUCCGCCUCCUCAGGACAUGUCCUAUUAUACGAAGACGAGUGGUACUAUAGAUGUGAUCGGUGGAGGGACGGCCACCAUCAGCAGGGUUGAAGGGCGACGCAGACACAAUCUAGAAGGCAACAAUAUCCAGGUGAUCGCCGAGCAGUCGGAUGCCGAACCGGCUCCAGCCAAGAUUCCCCCCUUCUUCCCUCCUGGACCCAUACCCCCAAACAUCCCCCCACCUCCGUUCCUCCCUCCGCCACCCAACGUCAACGCUGCACCCCCGCUCAUCCCCCCACCCAGGUUGCCCAUCACUGUUCCUCCUCCUGGUUUCCCCCCUCCACCUAGUGGCCCCCCUCCUGCUAUCAUCCCCACUAUGGACAGUGGCCACCCUGGAGGUUAUGAUGGCCGCCCUGUCCCUCCCUACCCAUUCCCUCAAGGCGCAUACCCUCCGCCCAUGCCUGGAGGUGGGCCUCUCACCUGGCCCCCCAUGUUGGACAACUCUAAACCCUGGGAAUACUACCCCCGUCGAGAGGACAAGAGAGAGAAGGAGAGAGAGAGGCCCAGAGAGAGGACACAUGAGCGGGAGAGAGAGAGGGAGCACAGCCCUUCAGCUAUGAGCUACACCAGUGACGAGGAGCGGUUUCGCUACCGCGAGUACCAGGAGCGUGGUUAUGGGGAGCGGCAUCGUGAGCGGUCGAGCCGAGAGAAGGAGGAAAGACACAGAGAGAGACGGCACCGAGAGAAGGAGGAGGGACGCCACAAGACCUCUCGCAGCAGUAGCAGGCGGAGGCACGAGAGCGAGGAGGGCGACAGCCACCGGAGGCACAAACACAAGAAGAGCAAGAGGAGCAAGGAGGGCAAAGAGGCCGGCGAGGAGAUCAGCGCAGACCAAGAGAACCAGGAGGCCAUGGAGUAGCGAUCGCCAGCCCCCGCGUUGUCCUCUCCCCGUCUGUCUCUGGGUCUCCGUCUGUCCCGCCGUGUCUCCCACCAAGAUGAGAAAGAAGGAAUGGGGGAAGAUGAGCACAGACCAACAAAACCAGAAAGUGGCAGAGCGAUCGAUGCGUCCUGUCACGCCCCUCUCCAUCAAUCACUGUUGUCCUCCAUCCUGCUGCCGUUCAUCACCCCGAGCGGAGAACGGAUGGAGCAGAGGAGGUGGUAAACAAGGGUGGUCGUCCUGUUUAGUCCAUCCGUCUUUCCAUCAAUAGCUGACACCAGACAAGCCGUCAAUCUGUCCCCCCCCCCUCUCGUUUCUCCCCGGCCCUCCUCUCAGAGCACUGCUGUAACCGUUAGGUCAUGCUCAGAGAUUUCACUGUAUAGUCCCAAUGAUCAGCAGAUUCAGCUCUUUUUCAUUUAUUUGUUCUUGUUCUGUAUGAAGACAUCUAUCGAGUCAGUUUGUUGAGUUCAAUUAAAAAAACACUUUUGAUAACA